AUGGAAAGCUCAUUUUCCAGUGUGAUACCGCCCACCGAUCGGAAUGACAUUGGAGGAACGCCAGGGGUUAUUCAACAAUAUGCCAGAUAUCCCUCCACAUUGGAGCCGGGAUUACAGAGUUCCUCAUCGUUAGGCAGCGCACGCAGUCGUCUGGGCGCCUCGAAAUCUCCUCCUCUCCACCGGAAAGCAACACCUCGCAGCAUACAGUCGUCCCCAACUGGGCUACGUUCGGUCAUCCCCCCGGUAUCAGCAACGCGCGCAGGGCCAUCGAUGUCUCCUCCGAUGUAUGAUCCUCUCCGUCAACGACAGGGGAGAGACUCCAUAGAGCAAGCAGAAUCGAGAACUCUUCCAUCUCGUGACGUUAGCGACGACACAAUUGACGACGCCUAUGUGAUGUUUAUUCUCUUCUGCAACCCAAACGUUCCCGUCUCCGUGGAUACCGCUGAGCUUCGGAAGACCUUCCGGUCACCUCCUCGGAGUGAUGGCAAAAGUUUCAGUAUAUUUACGCUCUGGGAACUCAUACGGAAGUUAGACAAUAAGGAGUUGAAGACAUGGAUCCAGUUGGCCAUUGAGUUGGGUGUGGAGCCUCCUUCGGCGGAGAAGAAACAGAGCACGCAAAAAGUGCAACAGUAUGCUGUCCGACUGAAGCGGUGGAUGCGCGCAAUGCAUGUCGAUGCAUUCUUCGAAUACUGUCUUGGCCAUCCGCAUCCAUACUACACCCAGCUUCCCGCGUCCAAUGCUGCAGUUAGCGAGACUCGCGAUGGAGUGCCGCUAGAGGAAGAUCUCGCCUUGCGUGCGCUUGUUCCGGAGUGGAAACCAAAACGUGGUCGAAAACGCGCCGACGAAAGAGAUCAUGCUCUUGAUAGGGGAGCUAAGAGACCUCAGCUAGACACAUCUGUAGGAGUUUUGCAGGCUGGUUCGUUCACGGACCAUUCUGCAACAUUUCCACAUAGUGCUAUCCCAUUCAGCGCCUUCCCCAAUGACGACCAUUGGAUGACUGCAGCGCCAUCCUUCCCAGCCGAUGGCUCAGACGAGCAUGCGGUAUCCCAACAAGGACAAGAGCUUCGGUGGAGACCUCUUGGAAGAGAUGCGUCUCCUGCUGGAUAUCCACAUUCUGCCAUAAUUCCUCGUGGCCAUCAUCCAUCUGAUGGUUUUCUCCCGUCUGCAGAACCACGCUCGGCGGUCGAUCCAUCGCCUGGUGAAAAGUCGCGAUCUAGGAGGCGGCAUGGCCCAGCAGUGUCAUCUGCUUGGCCGAACAGCAACGCAUCGAUCACGGGAAAGACUCGAGGCAGGCCACCGCAGAGAGGUAUUAUCUCCGGCCCUUUCUCUACCUUCCCUCUGAAUCCCCCCCGGACAGACUCAAGCCAAGCCCAAGGCCCUGGGUCUAGAUCAUCGCCCGCUAUUAUACUAGAUCAGAGCUCUGCUGCUCGAUCCGGAGAUACGCCAUAUCAACAGUUGCCCACACCAUUCUCUCAUACAACCGCUCGGCCGAACAAGCUUCAGCUACAGGUUCCACAGCAUUCGGGCGGGCCAGUCCGCCUAGCCACACCACCAACGCUGAUGGUUAAUGGGAUUAGCAAUCCAUCCGCCUCUCUUAAAGUAGAACCGAACAAAAGCAAUGGUUCUGCCGCUCCUUCCAAUGGCAUGUGGAACGGCAGCACUAUGGCCCACAUUAUACCCAAUGCAGCUCCGCACGCCCAGGCUGACCAAAACCCGAGCGCUCAGAUCACGUUUGACGACGUGACCCGUGUUCUCUCCAGCGAGUUGCUCCGUGCGAAACUGACGGGCCGGCCAGCUCCCCUUAGCGCUGAGGAAGCUCGUGCUCUGGCAUUUUCUAUAGUUAGGAACCUGAGCGCAUCGUAUGCACGGCUGCCUGCGGGGCUCUCAGGCCUUGCGUCGGCCCUUCACCUUGGACUUGGGCCACAAUUCGGCUAUGCUACGAGCACGCAGAGCUCCAUGGUCGUGAAUGUGGGAAAAGUGCCUAUCACUGCUGUCGAUGCCGCGGGUGCCUCGGGCAACACUAGAACUUCACCCAAUUAUGCUUAUACUGUCUCCCAUGAAUUCAGACAUGGUUCUCAGUUUCUCACCAAAACUGUCUACAGUGAUUUGGGUGUUUUCGGUACCGAGAUUGGCAAACCUGACGAUGUGUCCAGGAUAACUGAUGAUAUUGGCAACAGCGUUGUUGAACUGGACGGUUUAACCGACGCGGAAUAUGAGAUAGAUGGCGCCGAGGGUACAGGAUCUGAAACGACUUGGAAGCAGCGCUAUAUGAAGCUUCGAGCACAGAUGCAGAAGAGGGAGCGUUCACUGUCCCAAUAUAAGCGCAAGAUACUCGAAUCGGUCAUGGCCGAUAUCUGA